UUCAACCACACCUCGGCGAUUUGGGAAACACCAAGUCAUUUACACUCUCAGCUCUCUCCAUAAAAGAGACGAUUCAUUCCUCUCUUUCAGCCCGGGACUCUAUUUUACAUUGAAGAUUCUAAUGAAACAGCAGAGCCUCACAUAAACAACACAAUCCCAGAAUCAACUGGAUAAUAAUAUAGCUGUUGGAAUAAGGGAUCUUGUAUAUAAUUACGACAAAGACACAAACAAGGAAUCUGUUAGUGAACAGGACAGAGGUUUUUGGAUGAGCCAAGGCUUAUAUCACUAAGUGAAGAGGAUUAGAUUCUCUCUCCAUCUCUUCUCUAAACGGCCUACAGGGUGGCGAGAGAGAGUGGGAAUUCAAACCGGUGCAUGCCGGAGAUGAGUGCGUUCUGGCAUAAGAUCGGCUGCUGUGUGGUAGCCAAACCCCCUCCGAAAAAGAAAUGGAGGAGAAUUGAUCGUAGCAUGAUCGGAGAACCCACAAACUUCGUCCAUCUGACACACAUAGGCUCAGGUGAAAUGGCAGAUGGCAGGCAGCCGUCUGGUCCGAUCCAGGAACAAAUGCGAUCCAAAGUGCCACAUGCUAAUGGACGAAACAGCUUGUUAUAGCCUCUUUACUGCUUUAUUGAUUUUACCCCAAGAUCCUCAGCAGAACCAGGCCAGCUAGCAGCACUUUACCAGAAUGGAAGACAGAUACUGGCUUUACAUCAACAGAACAUGUUUCUGUGGCUGCCAACAUGGAUGUCACCUCUGCAGGGUUUUUUAUGUUAUGUAUCCUCUUUUCAGAGGAAACAUUUGCCCCCCCCCACACAAAGACUGAUUUAGUAGAUUUGGACCAGAAUGUAUGAGAAUGUCUGGAAAAAAGUGUGUGUGUAAUGUGCAUUUGACUGUGUUAAGACACUGGCAGUGCUUGUUGUAGAAGAGGAAAGGCUCUUAUCACGGUAAAACAGGGGACUAUUUGACUGCCUUCCUACACUUAUAACUGGCAUGUUUGUCAUAGUCUAUCAUUGAUAAGGAUGUGUGCAAAUGUGUGUUUGCUUUUCUUUUGUAAUGGAAAUAAUUUUCUCCUAUAGCAUUACAGUGUCUCUAACUGCUUGCCAUUAACAGUUGCACAAAAAAAAGUUGUUGUUUAGCAUACGAUCCAGUAUGUGUAUAGUAGAUAUACACCGAUCAGCCACAACAUUAAAAGCACCAGCCUAAUAUAUUGUGUAGGUCCUCCUCGUGCCGCCAAAACGGCACCAACCUGCAUCUCAGAAAAGCAUACUAAGAUGCUAUUCUUCUCACCAUAAUUGUACAGAGCGGUUAUCUGAGUUAUCGUAGACUUUGUCAGUUCGAACCAGUCUGGCCAGUCGGAGUAAAUUCUAGAAAAAUCCCAGGAGAUCAGCAGUUACAGAAAAACUCAAACCAGCUCCUCUGGCACCAACAAUCAUGCCACAGUCCACAUCACAUUUUUCCCCAUUCUGAUGGUUGAUGUGAACAUUAACUGAAGCUCCUGACCCGUAUCAGAAUUAUUUUAUUCACGGCACUGCUGCCACACGAUUGGCUGAUUAGAUUGUUACAUGGAUGAUUGUUGGUGCCAGACAGGCUGGUUUGAGUAUUUAUGUAACUGCUGAUCUCCUGGGAUUUUCACACACAACGGCCUGUAGAAUUUACUCCAAAUGGUGACAAAAACAAAAAAACAUCCAGCGAGCGGCAGUUCUGUGGACGGAAAUGCCUUGUUGAUGUGAGAGGUCAACAGAGAAUGGCCAGACUGGUUCAAACUGACAGAGUCUAUGGUAAAUUCUGUUAUAAUUAACACCCUCAUUCCAAGUGUCAUUUCAAGUAUGUACAACAUUCUUUAUUUUGUGGUGGCUAAAUGUUAGGUACUGAAAGCCUCGGUCACCAUUCACUUUCAUUGUAUGGAAAAAAAAAAAAGAUGCAAUAAAAGUGAUUGGUGUCUGACGCCUUCAGUCCCUAACAUGAAACGAACAUGAGGAUGUGUACAUGAAAGAAUUUUCAUUUUUGGGUGAACUACCCCUUUAAGAGAUUCUAUUUCUUUUUCUUUUUAGUUCUUAAUGUCAGCACGUAUGAUAUUGCAUUAACAACCCCGACAGGAUGGCUUUUAUAGCGGUAAAGAUUAACCCUCAAGUAUUAGAAAAAGGCUUUGUUCUUGAACUUCACCUCCAGUAGCUAUUAACUGUUUAUCUGAGUUUAGACUUUGAACACUGGAUAUCAAGUCACUGCCCUUUGCAAUUUAAACAUCACAUUUAGUCUCACUUUCACACGUCGAGCUCCACCCCACACUAGCAUGAACACAUGCUCGGUUUCCAGUAAUCACACAGCAUACCUCGUAUAUUUACUCUGUACUUUAAGUGUUUGGAGACUGUGUUGGGCUGAAUUCUGCAUGUUUGCUUGUAAUUGUGACAUCAAUAUCCCAAACUGUUAUUUAGUUGUUUUUUCUAAUUUGUUAGGAUAUAUCAUACAUUUUGGUAUAAAAAAAACAUGCAUAGUGAACAUUUUGGGACACUGUUGGUUUAGACAUUAAAUGUUUUACUGUAUUUUUAGUGAGGAGUUGUCCAGCAUUGCUGUAGAAUCACACUUCAUUUUUUAAAUGAAAACACAGAAGAUUUCAUCUCAGCCAAAGACCACAAUAUCUCAGUUAACUUGAAUAUAAAUGUUGCCAACAGAGUUUUGCACCUUGGCUUUGUUUGUGUGUGCGUGAUUG